CCCAAGCACCCCGUUUGUGUUUUUUGGGCUCUAUAUUUCUCUGUACCUUUGUUCGUAUUUUCUCGGGAGGGCUCAGUCCUUAGAUGUUCUAACGUUUUAGGGUGGUGGUGGGUCUUGGGAUCCAGGAGUUUGUUCUCUUGUAUCCAGGAGUUUUGUUCUCUGGUAGUGAUUGUUCUUUCAGAUAAUCGAAGAGAAUGGUUAUUACUGACGAGAACAAUCCCGAUUUGAACAAGCCCACUAAUCUUCAAGGGAUAGAGAUGGGUAAUAGAAAGUUCGGUCAGGAGAUUACCCAGAACAGAACGGCUUUAAGAGUCAUUAAUCAGGGUUUAGUGGGAGGUCGAGCAUACCCUUGUGCAGUCAAUAAAAGAGCCUUGUCAGAAAAACAUGAAAUCUGCGAAAAGAAGCAGGCAGAUCCAGUGCAUCGACCGAUUACGAGGUCUGGAACUUGGAAUGUAGCCCUGUAAUUUCAUUUUUGUUUAAUAUU